GGCUCAGCAGCAGCAGGGGCAGCCCUCCCGUGCCCCGAGGCAUGGCCAGAACCAGACCCCAACGCCUUGCAAGCUGAGCGACCUGAGGACACAGGGCCUGGGGAAGGCGCCAGUGAGGAACUACGCUGCGGGGCGAUGGCUGAAGCGCCGCCACGCUGCUCCGGGCCGCGCUGAGGAUGCGGCGGGGACGAGCGAAGCGCGGGGCCGAGGCCGCGGAGGAGCCGCGCGGGUCGCGGAGGAGGACGGAGGGAGAGCAGGCGGUGGAGGAAGCCCGUCGGAGGGCGGCCCCGUCCGUCCGAGAGUUCAAGUACAACAAGAAGCGGGUUCGCCUUGUCUCGCAGGGCUCGGACCUGAAGGAUGAUGCCCGGUGCAUCCUUUACUGGAUGUGCCGGGAUCAGCGAGUGCAAGAUAACUGGGCUUUCCUCUACGCCCAGCGCCUGGCCCUCAAACAGGAGCUGCCUCUGCAUGUCUGCUUCUGCUUGGUGCCCAAAUUUCUGGAGGCCACCAUCCGCCACUACAGGUUCAUGCUGAGGGGCCUGCAGGAGGUAGCAGAGGAGUGUGCAGAGCUGAACAUCUCCUUCCACUUGCUGCUGGGCUAUGCCAAGGAUGUGCUGCCCACGUUUGUGACGGAGCAUGGCGUGGGUGGGCUGGUGACAGACUUCAGUCCCCUCCGCCUCCCCCGGCAGUGGGUGGAGGACGUCAGAGAACGGUUGCCAGAGGAUGUGCCAUUUGCACAGGUUGAUGCCCACAACAUCGUGCCCUGCUGGGUCGCCUCCCCCAAGCAGGAGUACAGCGCCAGGACCAUCCGGGGCAAGAUCCACGCUCAGCUCCCCGAGUUCCUCACCGAGUUUCCCCCUGUUGUUCGUCACCCACAUCCGCCCUCCUGCCCAGCAGAGCCCAUUGCUUGGGAGGCCUGUUAUUCCAGCUUGCAGGUGGACCACACUGUGAAGGAGGUGGAGUGGGCAACCCCUGGCACAGCUGCAGGGAUGGCUGUGCUGAAAUCCUUCAUUGCAGAGCGGCUGAAAUCCUUCAGCAGCCACAGGAAUGAUCCCAACAAGGCGGCUCUCAGCAACCUGUCCCCGUGGCUUCACUUCGGCCAGGUUUCCACCCAAAGAGCCAUCCUGGAGGUGCAGAAGCACCGGCGCAAUUUCAAGGAGUCGGUGGAUGCAUUCGUGGAGGAGGCUGUGGUGCGGCGGGAGCUGGCUGAAAACUUCUGCUACUACAACGAGAACUACGACAGUGUGCAGGGUGCCUAUGACUGGGCACAAACCACCCUGAAUCUCCAUGCCAAGGACAAGAGGCCUUAUCUGUACAGCCUGCAGGAGCUGGAGCAGGGGACCACACAUGACCCGCUCUGGAACGCUGCCCAGCUGCAGAUGGUCCAGGAGGGCAAGAUGCACGGCUUCCUGCGGAUGUACUGGGCCAAGAAGAUCCUGGAGUGGACGCGCUCCCCUGAGGAGGCCCUGCAGUUUGCCAUCUACCUCAACGACCGCUACGAGCUGGACGGGAGGGACCCCAAUGGAUACGUAGGCUGCCUGUGGUCCAUCUGUGGCAUCCACGACCAGGGCUGGGCGGAGCGGCCCGUCUUUGGCAAGAUUCGCUACAUGAACUACGCCGGCUGCAAGCGCAAGUUCGACGUGGAGCAGUUCGAGCGGCGCUACGCCCCCACACCCUCCCAGUGACCCUCUGGCCUGGGCAGAUGUGCCUUUGCCAGGCUGCCAGCUUGCAGGGAUCACCCAGGGCAGAUAUCACCCUGGGAUGUUGAAGGGCUCUUUGUUACUGAGGGCUCCUUCCAGCAGCAAGCUCCAGGGUUCUGCUCAUCUUUGCCAUCUCCCACUGCUCGAGUUGCCACGCUGGGGCAGCUGCUGGAGCCCUUCUGCUGCCACAAGUUUGCUGGCAGCUGUGAGAGCCCAUCCUCGGCAUGCCUGUGCCUGCCAGAAACCUUUCUACAACCUCAGGAGUAGCCCAGGUCAGCAUUGUUGCUGGUAACCACAGCUGAGAUUUGGGCUGAACAGGGUGUUUCUAGGGAAAAGCCUCCAGGAAGAGGCUCUUUGUGGAGCCAGUGCUGGGCUGUCAUCUUUCCACAGUUGUUUUAAAGUUUACAGUUUCUAUCA